AUGGGCUCACAGAACCUCGCCAAUCUCACCUUGGGCGGCGGUGAUCCUCGAGAAGGGGAGAAGAACCCCGCGCUCUUUGCUCUCGACAAUGGGCAUGAAGCUCCCACCGAUACUGCUGUUGGGUUCAGCAUUGAAGCAGCCUUGGUUCACAACGACCCCAACGUUUUGUUCGAGGAGUACCUCCACUAUGCUGCCAUCACACGCGCCGAGGAGAAAGAGUACGAGAAGACUAUCGAGAAGAAGUCGUUCACAUUCAAAGGCAUGAUCAAGAGUCGCUUCUCCACUGGACAUCACCAAACGUUCGAAGAGGACGACAAAAAUGGCGGACGCCCGGUAGCCUAUGCAAACGCUGCCGAAGUCACUGAUCUCGAUUGGAGGCGUGCCUCUCGCGCUACCAGAACGGCUACAUGGACUUCGAUCUUUUUCCUGGUCACUACUGAUAUUCUUGGUCCCACAGGUGCUCCUUGGGCUUUUGCAAACACUGGCUUCGGUCCUGGUGUCGCACUCUACACCGUAUUUGGCGGCUUUGCUGCUCUGUCUGGUUGGUACGUCUACUGGACCUUCUUGAGCCUGGACUCGGAUCGUUAUCCCAUCCGUGACUUUGGACAAGCCUUCUAUCGUGUCUUUGGCGCUCCCAUGCGACAUACUGUCAACAUUCUCCAGACCUUGCAAAUGUUCCUCUUGGUCGCUGUGUUGAUUCUUAAUAAUGGUGGUGCCGUCUCCGAAAUCUCAAUCGGUAACAAUGGCAAGAAUGGUAACGGCCUUUGCUUCAUUGUCUGCCUCUUGAUCAUCGCAAUCAUCGGUGUCGUCCUUGGUCAGAUUCGAACCCUGCAGCGCUUUGGCUGGCUUGCAAAUCUAUCUGUUUGGACCACCGUACUCUGCGCCUUCCUUGCCAUCGGUGCCAGCGCCACUUCGCCACCUAACUAUGCAACCAUGUUCAGUACUUUUGGUGGAAAGGGCACAGCAUUCGGUGACACCAAUUUCCCCGACGGCACGGUCGACAGUCACAUCCCGAUCAAGACAUUCGGCGGCACUCCCCCCUAUGGCUACCAAUCCGGUGGCACUGGUUUCCUGGGCAGUUUCCAGGGUAUCGACCAAAUCAUCUAUGCCUACGGUGGUGCCAUGUUGUUCUUCAAUCUACUUGCAGAGAUGCGUCACCCUUGGGACUUUUGGAAGGGCAUGCUUGCCGCUGACAUUUUCAUCUACUUUGUGUACAUGUUCUUCGGUUUGUUCCAGUAUGCCUACCAGGGUCAAUAUACGUACAAUACUGCGAUCCAGAGUGUUGGAUCCUACAGUCUCCAGACUGCUGGCAACAUCCUGUCGAUUAUCGGUGGUCUCAUUGCCGCCGCGCUCUACGGCAACAUUGGCAUCAAAGUCAUUUACAGCAACGUUCUGAUGGAACUGUUCCGUAAGUCACCAUCGCCACUUGCGCUGAAAUCAACAUUCGCUGACCAAUUCUCACAGACNUUCCCACCCCUCACUGCAAAAGCCGGCAAACUCAUCUGGAUCGUCCUCGUCCCGGUCUACUGGGCNCUCGCCUUCGUCGUCGCCGCCGCGGUCCCGCUUCUCGGCGACUUCAGUUCGCUCGUGGGCGCCAUCUGCAUCGGCAACUUCACCUACACCUUCCCAUGCCUUUUACGCAUUGGCUUCAUGGUCAAGCAAGCCGCCAUGCUGCCUGAAGAGCACUUUGACCCCCAAACAGGCAGAUAUCAUCGUGUGGAUGGUGGUAUCAAGAGAUGGAUGCGCGGAUAUAGAAAGACGUUUGUCAUUACCUCGCUGAACCUCAUCUAUUUCUUGGGCGCGUUGGUUGUGUGUGGGUUGGGCUGUUAUGCGGCCAUCGAAGCGCUGAUUUCUGCGCUUUCUGGGGGUAGUGUCACGACUAGUUUUAGUUGCAAGUCGCCUUAUGCUGCUUAG